AUGAUGAUGGUGAUGGUAGCCAGUCCAGUCAUUACCAAAAAGACUGAAUCUUCCCGAGCUUUGGCUCUGCUGUGGAAACAGGAAUCACGAUGCACCGUGGGAGCUUCUGACUCUGGGAAACUUCUUCUCUUUGACUCCUCCCCUCAGGUGGCCCAGCUGCUGCUGAGCAGUAACAUGGUGGUGGCGCUGCUGGAGGGCGAGAGGAAGGAGCCGAUGGACUCGGCCUUCACCACCCCGCUGCACCUCGCCGCUCGCAACGGGCACAAGGACGUCAUACGGCUGCUGCUGAAGGCCGGCAUGGACAUCAACAAGACCACCAAGUCUGGAACAGCUCUGCACGAAGCGGCGCUGUACGGGAAAACUGAAGUGGUCCGACUGCUGCUGGACGCCGGAGUGGACGUGAACAUCCGAAACACCUACAACCAGACGGCGCUGGACAUCGUCAACCAGUUCACCACCUCGCACGCCAGCAGGGACAUCAAACAGCUGCUACGAGAUGCGACGGGCGUUUUGCAGGUCAGAGCUCUGAAGGACUACUGGAACCUCCACGAUCCCACCGCCCUCAACGUCCGGGCCGGAGACCUGAUCACGGUGUUGGAGCAGCACGUGGACGGACGCUGGAAAGGCCACAUCCACGACAGCCAGAGAGGCGUGGACAGAGUGGGCUUCUUCCCCCCGACCAUCGUGGAGGUCAUCAGCAGGAGGAACGGGGGCACCCUCUCCCGGCACGCCUCUCUGCCCACCCAGCGCCAGCAGUUGCUGUCCAGAGCCCCCCUCUCCUCCAGCCUCAGCUCCGCCCCUCAGACCGACGACUCCUACGCUCUGUAUGCGCCCCCCACCCACGUGGUGCUGCCGCUGCCCAACGGCCUCACGACCAGCGCAGGUUCGUCUCCGAGCCGUCUGUCUCAGUCUGGGUGUCCCUUCGAGGACAUCUGGGUUCUCAGGGACUCGUGUCAUGCUGGAGACAGAAACAGCGUCGGGAGCACCGGCAGCGUGGGCAGCACCCGCAGCGCCGGCAGCGGGCAGAGCACUGAGAGCAGCCACGCCCCCAACGGACUGCAGCACCACGCCAGUCACCAUGACAACAAGGCGGCGCCCUCUGCUGUUGAUCCAGGGCAGUCUGCAGACUUUGGCAGGCCGGCCGAUCAUCCUGCAGGCGGGACUCCUCGGAGGCAGACAGUGACGGUGCAGAGACCUGCAGAGCAGAGCUUCUCCCAGCAGUUUGUUCGUCCUCAGCAGCUGCUGGAUGGGAAGGAUGCAGAAGCCAUCUAUCAGUGGCUGAGUGAGUUCCAGCUCGAGCAGUACACCGGAAACUUCCUGAACGCUGGAUAUGAUGUACCAACCAUCAGCAGGAUGACCCCUGAGGAUCUCACGGCCAUCGGAGUGACCAAACCAGGACACCGCAAGAAAAUCUCCAUUGAGAUCAACAACCUGAACAUCCCCGAGUGGCUGCCAGAGUACAUCCCAUCUGAUCUCUGCGAGUGGCUCAGUGCCAUCGGCCUCCCGCAGUACCACAAAAAACUCUCAGAAAAUGGCUAUGACUCCAUCAGCAUCGUCAAAGACCUCACCUGGGAGGAUCUGCAGGAGAUCGGCAUCACCAAGCUGGGCCACCAGAAGAAGCUGAUGUUGGCAGUUAAGAAGCUGUGUGACAUCCAGAGAGCGAUCCUUCAGGCUGAAUCAGGCCAAGGCACGCUGCGACGCAAAGGUCCCGGAGCCCUUCACCUGGUCGCCAUUGAGGCCGAUGCUGGCAGCGAAUGCUCUUCACCUCACACCCCGAAGAUGCUGACCUUCCAGGACAGCGAGCUGAGCGCCGAGCUGCAGACAGCAAUGUCAAGCCACUAUGGAGACUGCGAGGAAGGUUUGGCCAUCAAGAAUGCGGUGGGGAUGUCCCAGAGCCAGGAGAGCAUUGACACCCGGUCCAGAGGUUCUGGACGCUCACAGGAGCCUCCUACAGCCUCCAUCACCCCCCAGAACUGGUCCCAGGAGAGCCUGGAGGGCAGCCCCGCCAAGGAGAGGAAUCUUCCUGAGGGAUGGGACCAGAGGCCCCUACAGCAGCAGCCUCUGCCAAAACAGGUUCCUCUGGGUACGGCCACUGUGUUCAAGUACCCGGCCAUCCCCGCAAAGCCCAAACUGCCUGGAUCCCAAGGCUCCUCCCCUCACGGCUCCCCAACCCUGAAGGGGUUCAGUUACCUGCACUCUCAGUGCGGUUCUGCAGACCUGAACUCGUCUCCCAGGCACCAGAACCACGCUAUGACCCUGACACCACCCAACAAGCGCACCCAGACCAUCACCCGCUACGCUCUGUCAGACGGAGAGCCCGAUGAGGACGAUGAGGAGCUGAUGCGUGCUGGAAACGUGCCAUCUUACGCCACUUUAACGCGCAAGCCCGGCCGCCACCAGCUGGCUCGACUGCAGCCAAGUCCAGACAAAAAUGGCAGCGUGGGACGCAGUCAGUCGUUUGCUGUCCGUGCCCGGAAAAAAGGUCCCCCUCCUCCUCCCCCAAAGAGACUGAGCUCAGUGAGCAGCACCACCAGUGGCGAGCUGAGCGACAGCAGCACGACUUCGUCCACUGGCGGCGUAGUGACUGAUAGUCCGGGGAGCGUGCGCAGCAUCGCAGCGUCCCUGGAAAGCGGCGCAGAGGGGAAGAGCAGCUCCACACCAGAUAUUGUGCGGCACGAGGCUCCAUCUCCCUCCCUCAGCUCCGAGGUUGCAGGAGUAAGGAGGAGGGUGAAGAGCCAGUGUGUUUCCACCGAGAACAACGGCAGCACCAAGCAGGACCGAGGGGUCAAAUCGGACUCCGAGGAAGAAGAGUCAAACGGUCAUGGACUGGAACGCUCCUCGUCACCUCAAAACAGCUCCAGCGAGUGCAUCCCCUUCGCCGAAGAGGGCAACCUGACCAUCAAACAGAGGCCCAAAGCUCCAGGUCCGCCCAGGGCUGAGGCCGUGCUGGAGCCUCCUGAUAAGCCAGCGGCCAAAAAUCUGGAGGUGCUGGAGUUUAAUCUGAAAGAGUCGGACACGGUGAAGCGCCGACACAAACCCAAAGACAAGGAGCAGGGAGGAGGGUCCCCCAGCAGAGAGGGAGCAGGGGCCACCGAGCCCGAGUCUGACAGCAGCAGGCCUCCAUCCCUGAACCCGGAGGUCAGUCUGAGAAUCAGUGAGACCAGCGUGGAGAGGCCAGCCAGUCCAGCAACCGGUUCCCCCAUUAAACCUCCUCUCUCCCCUAAACCUGCUGUCGCCCCCAAACCUGUCCGGCACAGUCUGCUGGCUUCACAGGGACUGUCGUCUCCUACUGUGACCGUCAGUGUGGUUCAAAGUCUGGCCUUCACCUCUCCAUCCUCACCCGCCCGCGGGCCUCCAGCUCCAUCCGCUAAGGCCCCCCAGAGCCCGUCUCUGGCAGCUGGGAGGUCUCACAUAUAUGCAUUGGGUCCAGGUCUUCCCCCUGAGCCGUCCGUGGGGGUGGAGGUGGCUCAGCAGAGACUGGAUCAGACCAGCACGUCUCUGGCAGCAGCUCUAAAAGACGUCGAGAGAAAACUGAACGUGGAGAACAGCUCUGACAGUGGACCGAACCAAGUGAGGUCUGCAGGAACCAUUUUGGACGACAUCGGCAACAUGUUCGAUGACCUGGCCGACCAGCUGGACGCCAUGUUGGACUGACAUAAACAGGAAGCCCAACGUAAACCUCAGGAAGUGACAUAUGGAUUAAGAAGGCCUGCCCAGUGGGAGGAGCUACUGCCUCCGCCUGAACACCAGCACUUAGUCAAACGGAGUCGUCUACAUUUCUCAGCUGUGUCUGGUCUCUGGUUGCAGGUCGGCGCGGCUCUUUAGUGUCUCAGCAGAAACCCUGAGCUGAAUAUUAUAUCACUGUUAAACAUGAAUACUGUAACAUGAGUUUUUAUGCUUCGGACAUCAAAGGGCACAAAAGUCUCGCCAUCGCCCGCUGGCCAGCUUCCUGCAGCUUCCUGAUAAAAGACCUACUACAGACCAUAAUACUGGUUACCAGUCAGGAUGAUGAACUAUGACUGCAUGUAUGAAAUAAUGGUUGGUACCAUUUUUGCUGUUUGGAUACUGAAUAAAUGUUGGAAACUCAUCGAGGAGUAAAAACAGUACUUUGACUCUUACGUGAUGGAGACUUCGGCAGGCAGAGACGAGGUGAGCUCAGAAACCAACGCUUUCAUUCAGUGGCCUUCCAUUAACCCGAGGUUCGCACUACCAGAGCAAACAUUUCCAAAUCAGGCACUUGAAUCAUCAGAGGGCCCAAACUAAGCAACGGCACACCCACCGACUGUAUGCGGGAAAAGAGACUAUUGACUGUGUUGCUGCAGGGAAGCUGAUGCCUUUUCCUUUUUUGAACCAGCAUCAGUGGCACUGCGUUAUAAAACACGUCCUCGGUUUUUGUGGCAGCUUCUGUCAGAAAGCGCUGGCACCAUCUCUGGAACUUUUUGCCUCUUUUAGCUCCUAGUUUUGGUUUCUGGGACAUUUCGAGUUUCCAGUAACGUGGACAACACGUAUCGUCAACAUGUGCCGCCUAUGAGGUUGCCGAUCAGUAAGUGUAAACUUUUAAAAUGUAUUUUCAAGUGACCGUUUAAAUAUGACUUUAUAUGCAAACAGACUGAAGUUUCUGCUCUUUUACUUCGACUGUGCUGAAGACCUGUCACUGUUGUAACCUGAGUUUCUGUAGUUAUCGUACUUUGUUUUCUUGCUGCUGAAACAAAACCUGGAUGGUCUUCGACUGUUUUUACUGUGGAACCAUGUCAAAUCUAACCUUUGUAAUAUUUAAAGAAAUCUAUUUUAUACAGAUAUUAACCCUGUGUAAUAAGUUGUGUCUGCGAUGGUUCAAAACCUUUUCUACUCUGUGUUUAUGAAAACCUGUAAAAGUGCUCGACUGUGUUGUUUGUUCAAAGGGAAGAAAAGCAUAUUAAGCUCAUUUCACGUGUGGACAGCUGACCACAGCAUGAGACACUUAUAUACACACAUGUUAUUUUUUAUAUUCAUUUUAGCCAAAUUAGUAUUUAAAUUAGAGUCAUUGAAAUAUGUAUAUUGUACACCAGUAGAGGUAUAUACAGGAGUGCAUAUCCAACCAAAGGUCUGUACAGAUUUUCAUAAACAUUUCCUUUAAAAGAAAAUGAGUGAAAUUUGCAGCUGUUACCCUCGUUAUUGUAAGAUGCUUCUGAAAUGUUAUUUUCAUGUCCAGCCUGCAGGGUAUGGAUACUGCAUGCCAUGCUUGCUCUGUGGCAUUUGUGCGCUGUCUGUUGUUGUCCUGUCGUUGUGUGGUCUGUGUGAAUGAGAUGCUCUGCUUUGGAUUUGUGAUUCUCAGGAAAAUCCCCGUAUGCAUGGCUGCUCCAUGCCUCCUGUUCCCAAUGUGCCAGACUAAGAUUUCCAUCUCAGCUGGCCAAACAGACGGCAGCAGUACCACUUCUGUUUUGUUCAUUGGUCAAUCUUAAAAGGUUAGCGCCUGUGAUAUAAAAGUUUUGCUGAAACGUGUUUGAAAUCAAAGCAACGUUCCCACUGUGGCUGGUUUACUGGCAAAUACUCCAUUCGGGGCCAGUAACAAAACAGGUUUUAAGGUGGUGUUUGAAGUUUAGCAUAGCUAUUUAUGAAGCACUAGUACUAACAUCCUCAGCAGGUGUUACACACACAUAUAAAGCUGGAUAUCAUCAGCACAGAAGGUCAUGCAGCUGUAUUUUCAGGUAUUUGACUGUACAGGGCAAAUAAAGAGGACCCAGGAGGCUUCCCUGAGGAGUCCCCACAUUAACCAUAGUGCAUCUGUUAUGACAUGUCACCUUUUAACAUUGUAGCAAUCAUUUUUAAGUCUUUCAUACAACCUGCUAUUGUCCAUCAAUGUUUUAUAUCACAGCUUAAAACAUGUUAGAAUCACUGAAACACGAUCUUCCAAAGUAAUCUCCAGAAACAGUGAAUAUGUAAUGUAAGUGUAGUGUGUUGUUGAGCUGGAUGAUGUGUGUGUGUGUGCGCUGCUGCUUUUGUUUGGUUGUUCUUUUGUCCUCUGAGCUGUUUGUGUAACCAUUAAAUAUACAUACUGUCCUGA